AUGGAGGACCCCUCCUUGGACGAAGAUCCCAAGCACCACGGCCCUUCGGUGUUGUGGUGCGUGUACAACGUCGAAGGGGGUUACAGACAAGCAGGGGGUUGUCGAAAGGGGACUCGCCCCUGGAUUGUGGAUGCCAAGUCAAACGGGGGAUCCUGGUCCGCGAGGGUCGAUUUCCUCCAGUCGGGCUCUGCUUGGGGGUUUCGACGAGUUGCACGCGAAGAAACCCUCAUUGAUUUCAAACGCUGCGGACUGUUCCAGACGCAAAGUUCGGGUCAUCCAAGCACUCGCCAAAGCCAAAGCCCAAGCCCACAUGAACUUUACACCGAUGGGCCGGCUCAUGUGGUGUCCUGCUCCAUGAUCCGCGCUCCUCCAGGCACACGGCCGGUUGCCACCGCGCCCUCGGAGAUCUGGCCGCCGAGUGGCUGUUGCGGCACGAAGGACAAAUACAAUAAUAAUCCGGCGCAUGAGAGAUCGCCUUUGAUGCGCCGGUGCAAGGCGGCUGGCGGCUGGCGGCCUGUCAUUGCAUGGCAAAUCCGCCGCAGCGCCUUCCUUAUGCGGGUGGUCGAACCAAAGAUCUUUCAAAGACAGGCAUGGCGGUGUCUGCCGAGAAUGGGACCAGUCGAUGGGGUUGAUGGUGGACUACCGAUGCAAACCAUCAUUGGGUAUUUUCAGCGGGCCGUUGAGCCCCUCGCAAUCAGGCGCCGACAAGGCGUUGGCCCAAUAGACGAUUGUCCUGUGCCUGGCAGUGUGAUCUGA